CCUGACCACACGGCGUCCUUCUCUUGAGCAGCUGGUUGUUGCUCGUUCUCGCUUGGGGGCUGUGUGCCGUCUCACAGCUUGACGCCUCCACCGAUCCUCCACAAGGGGGUUGAAGAGGACUGGAAGGGAUUGAUGAAGGGGUACAAGUCAAAAUCUGCCCUUAAGCAGUUCCAACAGAUGCUCGCAGGACACACUGAGAGAUUUUAAGUGUCGGAAGGGAAAUAAUGAUGGAGACAAUCAUGGUGAGUGCUGCUUGUGGGGUGAUGAAUUCCCUGCUGCGCAAGCUUGCCACUCUACUGGAGAAGGAAUACAUGCUACUGAAAGAUGUGAAGCACAACAUUACCUUCUUAAGAAAUGAGCUUGCUAGCAUGAACUUGCUCCUCUUCAAGCUGGCAGACAUAGAAGAUCUCGACGUGCAAGUAAAGGAGUGGAGGAAUAAGAUCCAAGAACUCAGAACCCGUGUUGUGGAGGAGAGCGAUCGCCGUUAUAGAUACAAGCUGGACGAUUCAACCUUCAGGCCUGAAAUGAUGGAAAUCGACCAUCGUCUCAAGGCGCUCUAUGUUGACACAAACAAGCUUGAGGGCAUUGAUAGCCCAGUGGAACAAAUCAUACAGUGGCUUACAGGAAAUGGGAAACACGAUCAAGAACUAAACAUAAUGGCCAUAGUGGGCUUCGGAGGUUUAGGCAAAACUACCCUUGCAAUGCAGGUAUACAAUAAAUUCAAGGACAAAUUUGAUUGCACAGCUUUUGUGUCAGUGUCAAGAGGCCCCAACAUCAAGAAAGUUUUGAUGGACUUACUUAAAGAUGUGGGAGCUGCCAUUGACACAACAGAUGAUGAGAUGCGUCUCAUCAACAAACUCAAAGGACAUCUCACAAAAAAGAGGUAUUUUGUAGUAAUUGAUGAUUUAUGGGAUGUCUCAGCAUGGAGCUUUAUUACAUGUGCUUUCCAUCAGAAUAACCGUGGGAGUCGAAUAAUCAUAACAACGCGCAAAAUUGAUGUGGCUAAGGCAUGUUGCUUGUCCUCUGGUGAUCAUAUUUAUGAAAUGCAACCCCUUAGCGUUGCUGCCUCAGAAAGAUUAUUUUUUAAGAGAAUUUUUGGUUCUGAAGAAAGAUGUCCUUCUCACCUAAAAGAAGCCUCCAUCAAAAUUCUAAGGAAGUGUGGUGGCCUACCAUUGGCUAUCAUUACUGUAUCAAGCUUGCUAGCUAGUAAAGAUCUGACAUUGGAUCAGUGGAACAGAGUGGCAAAUUCUAUUGGGUCUACACUCGAGAAUAAUCCAGACAUAGAGGUCAUGAGAAAGAUUCUAUCUAUCAGUUAUUUUGAUCUACCACAUUAUCUGAAAACUUGUCUUCUUUAUAUAAGUAUCUUCCCAGAAGAUUACAUCAUAAAUAGAAAGAGUUUGAUAGUUAGAUGGAUUAAUGAAGGAUUUGUUCAAGAAGAAUAUGGGAAAAAUGCACAUGAUAUAGGUGAAAGUUACUUUAAUGAGCUUAUCAAUAGAAGACUGGUCCAACCAUGGUUUAUCGAUCAUGACAGUGGGAGUGUGGUGACUUGUCGAGUUCAUGACAUGAUUCUUGAUUUAAUCAUAACAAAGUCUGUAGAGGAGAACUUUGUUACUUUGUUAGACUCUCGAGAACUUACAUCAAGUCCACAGAACAAGAUACGAAGAUUAUCUAUCCAAUGUGGUGACGGAGAACCACCAGCUUUGGUGCUAGAAGAGUCAACAUCGCUAUCUCAUGUCAGAUCAGUGACUAUCUUUGGGCAUGGGAAGCAACUGCCAUCUCUUUCAAACAUGAAGGCUCUUCGCGUGCUUGACCUAGAAGGUUGUAAGGGAUUAGAAAACCACCACCUGGAAAAUAUAGAGAGGCUAAUCCACCUGAAAUACUUGAACCUUAGAGAAACAGAAAUCACAGAGCUCCCAAAGCAAGUGGUAAAACUCCAGUACUUGGAUACAUUGGAUAUAAGAAACACUGGGGUGAGUGAGUUACCUCCGGCUAUUAUUCAACUUCGGCAAUUGGCUAGGCUGUUCAUUGAUCUUGACACCAGAUUACCAUAUGAAAUUGGUAAAAUGCAAAAUUUGGAAGAGCUGACACAUGUCAAUACGUGUAUGUACCAUAUGAACUUCCUGAAAAAGCUGGCUCAGCUAAGUAAACUUAGAGAGUUGGAGAUAAGUUGGGAUCAUUACGGAACACGAGUUGAUAAAGUUUCUUAUGCGGGUAUUUUGAUACAUUCACUUCACAUACUGGCCACACAUAACCUUCGGUCUCUCACUGUUCACAUCAUGGACGAACAGAGCUUCCCUCUUCAUACCUGGCAUCCUGCUCCUUCUGCACUUCGAAGACUCCACUUCGACAUGAACAACAACGAACAAUUUCCAAAGUUCCAACCUGGGUGGGAUCACUUGUCAAUCUCCAAGAACUAAGCUUCCGCAUUACAAAAAUGACACAAGAUGACCUUGAUGUACUUGGAGAUAUACCGGCUCUUCGCUCUCUUGCCUUCCACAUGGAAAUCUGCACCAAAACUACACCCUGGGAAGAUCCUAGACCCGAGGAUUGGCUUAGGAUCAGAAAAGGGUUUCAAAGUUUGAACUCCUUCCGCUUCGAAUGUGGCCCUUGGGAGUGGAUGUGUCUCAUAUUUGAAGCUGGAUCGAUGCCAAAGCUCGAAAU